AAAGCGUCUGUUUUGAACUUCGACGUAGCGCCGCUAGGGGGCAGUAGUUGUUCUUUCAGACUUCUACAACGUCUUGCCGCGCAACCCGCGGAAAAGCAGGAAAACACCACACAGACCCCACAAACUGCGAAACACAAUGAGUUUAGACGUGAAGAAACUGAAAGUCAACGAAUUAAAGGAUGAGCUUCAGCGGCGCGGCCUUGACACCCGGGGCCUGAAGGCUGACCUGGUGGAGAGGCUGAAAGCCGCUCUGGAGGCUGAAGCUGAUGGGGACGAUCAUGCUGGAGAGCAAGAGGGGCAAGAUGAGUUCAGUGAGGACUUCCAGGACAACGAGGACGGAGAUGACGCCCAAGAGCAACAAGCAGAAGCAGCUGAAGACUAUGAUGAUGAAGAUGGACAAGGUAACACCCCUCAAGGGGAAGAAGAAGGCGGGGAUUCAGGUGGCUACUACGAGGAAGAAGAGGCAGAAGCGGAGGCCAGUGAACCUCAGCAGGCGCCUGACUCGGGUCUCCCCAUGCCCGACUUCACCGCUGACGAUGAUUUGCAAGGGUCGAGCAUGGCCUUUGAGGAAGCGGCCAAGCCUGAGAUAAAAGUGGAGGAGGAGGUGGAGGAGGAGGAACAGCAUGCCAGGAGCACAGAAGAAGUCAAAGUGGAAGUCAAAGCAGAAGAUGAACCAGAGCCCGCCGAGAGCCGACCGGAAGAGGCUCCGACAGAGCAGCAGCCGGAACCCGAACAGGUCAAGGUGGAGGGGGACAGAGGUGGGAGCUACAGCCGCAAGAGACACUAUGAUGAGAGCAGAGGCUACAGCUACUACGAGCACCGGGAGGACAAGAGAUCCCGAACACCACAGCCUCCAGCUGAAGACGAGGAAGAGGGCGUAGACGACUCUCUGAUCACCAUCGAUACGUACAACUGUGAUUUGCAUUUCAAAGUUUCCAGAGAUCGUUACAGCGGUUAUCCGCUCACCAUCGAAGGCUUUGCUUACCUUUGGGCGGGAGCGAGAGCAACUCACGGCGUCGCCAAAGGCCGAGUGUGUUUCGAGAUGAAGAUCAACGAAGAAAUUCAAGUGAAGCAUCUCCCCUCCAGCGAGCCCGACCCUCACGUGGUCAGAAUCGGAUGGUCCCUGGACCACUGCAGCACUCAGCUGGGUGAGGAGGCGUUCUCCUUUGGUUACGGAGGCACAGGGAAGAAAUCCAGCGACUGCAAGUUUGCAGACUACGGCGAGAAGUUUGGCGAAAAUGACGUCAUCGGCUGCUACGUUGACUUUGAAACUGGCGACGAGGUGGAGAUUGGUUACUCCAAGAAUGGCGUAAAUUUGGGCGUGGCUUUCCGGACAACCAAAGAGGCACUGGCAGGACGUGCACUGUUCCCCCACGUGUUGGUGAAGAACUGUGCCGUUGAGUUCAACUUCGGGCAGAAGCGGGAGCCGUACUUCCCCCCGAUGGAGGGCUACACCUUCAUCCACAAUCUGCCUUUGGAGGAGAAAAUCAGAGGCUCCAAGGGACCCGCCAGCAAGUCCGACUGUGAGAUUCUAAUGAUGGUGGGACUUCCUGCCUGCGGAAAGACCACAUGGGCCAUAAAGCACGCCGAGGCGAACCCUAAAAAGAAGUACAACAUCCUGGGCACCAACGCCAUCAUGGAUAAGAUGAAGGUGAUGGGUCUGCGCCGCCAGAAGAACUACGCCGGACGCUGGGACGUCCUCAUACAGCAGGCCACCCAAUGCCUGAACAGGCUGAUCGAGAUCGCCGCCCGCAAGAGGCGCAACUACAUCCUGGAUCAGACAAAUGUAUAUGGAUCAGCAAGGAGACGAAAAAUGCGUCCUUUUGAAGGUUUUCAACGCAAGGCUAUUGUAAUUUGUCCCACGGACGAGGAUUUUAAAGAACGAACAUUAAAGCAAACCAAUGAGCAGGGGAAGGAUGUGCCCGAUCAUGCUGUGUUAGAAAUGAAAGCUAACUUCACUCUGCCGGAGCCCUGCGACUUCCUGGAGGCCGUGACCUACGUGGAGCUGCAGCGCGACGAGGCCGACAAGCUGCUGAAGCAGUACAACGAGGAGGGCCGCAAGGCCGGCCCGCCCCCCGAGAAGCGCUACGACAACAGGCAGGGGGGGUUCCGCGGCCGCGGCGGCAGCAGCAGCAGCUACCAGCGCUACGACAACCGCGACGGCUCGCGCGGCAGCUACCAGAGCCGCAGCGGAGACUCUGGAGGGGGAUACAGAGGAGGCUACAACCGCGGCAGCUACAACCAGAACAGAUGGGGCAACAACUACCGUGACAGCGGCUCUGACAACCGCGGCAGCUACAACCGCAGCCAGCAGACCGGAACGAGCUACAACCGCCCCUCCUCCUACAACAAGGGAGGAUACAGCCAGGGCUACAGCCAGAGCUACAGCCCAGGCUACAACCAGGGCAGCUACAACCAGAACUACUACGGCAACUACAGCCAGUACCCGGGCUACAGCCAGAGCUACAGCCAGCCGGCCGCCCCCGCACAGACGUACAGCCACCAGCCGCAGCAGCAGCCGCAGCAGCCGCCGCCCCCCCCAGCAGCGCAGCAGGCGCUGCAGCCGCAGCAGCAGAGCUACAACCAGCAGUACCAGCAGUACGCGCAGCAGUGGCAGCAGUACUACCAGAACCAGAACCAGUGGAACCAGUAUUACAGCCAGUACGGCAGCUAUCCUGGUCAGAGCAGCCAAGGCUCCUCCUCUGGUUCCCAGUAGCUCCGCCCUCCGUCUGUACCUGCGCCCCCUCCCCUCCCCCUCUCCAGCACCUCUGAACCCGAGUUUGUACAGUGUCACUAAACGUCCCGGCCCGCCCGCCGUCGCCCGGCGGCGGCGCCUUCAUUCCUCAGCGGUGUGUCCAGAUCUGCAUCGUUCUGAAGCGAGUCUUACUUUGAGCCCGGAGGCGGUCGGCAGGUCUCCAGACGUCAACGAUCCGUCGCCGUCUCCGCAGAUUGAACAGAUUAUUGUAAAUGACAGAAACGGCGUGAUUGUGGCUGGAAGAACAAACAGCAUGCUUUUUACCUUCAGAGUCCGCACAUUUUAUUUACCGCAGGAUUAUGAGGCUUUUUUUAAUAGGUGUAGUAUUUAAUCUCGUCUCUGAUUAAGAAUCUUUGCCGCUUCUUUUGGGUGAUAGUCGUAUUUGCCUUUUGUUGGCCCCGCCCCCUUUCCCCUCCCCUUUGUGAUUGCUGUUCAUUAAGUCCAAUAGUUAAAGCCUGUAAUGCCAUUUUUUCUACCUUGAAAAAAAGUGAUUUUGACCGGUUGCGCAAGCUGUUGUGUCUUUAUACAAUAAACACAGAUGUAAACAACUGUAAA